AUCCUGUGCGCCCGUAUAGUUUUUAUUUCCGCACUCUUGUUUACCCCAGGCAUAAACCACAAGCAAUUGUUACUUUAUAAAAAUGACACACCAGAAAGUACACAAUGCCAGCUCAAUUCCUAUAGAUGGUUUCAGUAAUGUGAGGAUAACGUCGAUAUGGACAUUCCUUAUGUCGGUCCAGUGGUCGGAGCCAUGGCUGAUCGGGCUGCUGACCUUCCAUACGAUCUGUCUCGGAUCGACUCUGUUAACGUGUCGGUUCUACCGAGUGCAGAUCUGUCAGUUCCUGCUUAUGGUUGCAAUGGUUUAUAGUGCUGAAUAUCUGAACGAGUUAGCAGCCAAUUACUGGAGGUCAUUUUCAAACUUCCAGUACUUCGACUCCACGGGCAUGUUCAUAUCCCUGGUGUAUUCAAUCCCCCUCUUGUUUAACACCAUCAUUAUUGUGAUCGUGUGGGUGUACCGGACAUUCUCCACCAUGACUGAACUGAAGACCCUGCAGCUCAAGAGAAGAGCCCUCAGAGAAGGAAGGAAGAAGAUAGAGUGAAUCCCAGUUGCUACGGAGAUGUUACUUGUAGACUGUCUCGGGCCCGGGUCCGGGACGGGGAGAUGGGAGAGACACAUUCCACAAAGCAGUUGGACCCAAAGCCUCUGUUUAACAAGCUAAAGGACCAUAUUCAGCUUAUUUUGGUGUUGUUCCGGAACUGUAAUUGACUUGACUACAAAGUCAACAAAGGACAAGGGUUGGGCUAGAGGGUUUAAUGUUUAUUUUAUUUAGGAUUAUUUCAUUGGUUGGAUGGCUUCAUCCUAUAAAAUGAUUACUUAAGCAAAGGACUUUGCUUUUGUAUUAUUUAUUUUAUUCAUGUAUUUCUUUUAAACCAUUAUAAUAAAGCAUAUUGGUAAAUAUUAUUUAGUGACUAUUCUGAUCCUGUUAUUUAAUCAAACUACCGGAACAAACAGCUCCCGAAACACCACCCUCUAGUGGAUGGCCGCCUCUAGAGGGCGAUAUGAAACAGUGUUGUGUGCGCUGUUGCCGUGAGCAGAAAGGUGGACCGCGGCUGAGAAACCGGGGAUAAAGCCCUGAACACACGUUGACCUCUGGGGUUGCCGGAUUCUCAGGCCACUGCAGUAGGAUCUGGUCAAAUAAUUUAGUCUCCAGUGAUGAAAGC